AGUCGAAGACGUUACUUCUCCCGAAAGGUUUACGACGGCGCCGGUGAAAGAAUGUCGAUGACAAGCUUGUCAACGAAGUCUCGAAGACAAGAAGAUGUUGUCAUUGAGGGAUGGCUUCACAAGAAAGGAGAGCACAUUCGAAACUGGAGACCAAGAUACUUCAUGAUAUUCAAUGAUGGAGCCUUACUUGGAUUUCGAGCAAAGCCUAAGGAAGGACAACCGUUUCCUGAGCCAUUGAAUGAUUUUAUGAUCAAGGAUGCAGCGACAAUGUUAUUCGAAAAACCACGACCUAACAUGUUCAUGGUAAGAUGCCUUCAGUGGACAACUGUCAUUGAGCGAACAUUCUAUGCGGAGUCGGCAGAAGUUCGUCAGCGUUGGAUUCAUGCUAUUGAGAGCAUUUCAAAAAAAUACAAAGGCACAAAUGCAAAUCCACAAGAGGAAUUAAUGGAAACCAAUCAGCAGCCAAAAAUUGAUGAAGACAGUGAAUUUGCUGGUGCAGCGCAUGCAAUUAUGGGUCAACCAUCUUCGGGACACGGUGAUAAUUGUUCAAUUGACUUCAGAGCGUCUAUGAUUAGUAUUGCUGACACCAGCGAAGCUGCUAAAAGAGACAAAAUCACAAUGGAAGAUUUCGAUUUUCUCAAAGUGCUCGGUAAAGGAACAUUCGGAAAAGUUAUCUUGUGCAAGGAAAAGCGUACUCAAAAGCUUUAUGCCAUCAAAAUUCUCAAAAAAGAUGUAAUCAUUGCUCGCGAAGAAGUUGCUCACACUUUGACAGAAAAUCGAGUUCUUCAAAGAUGCAAGCAUCCGUUCCUUACGGAACUGAAAUACUCGUUUCAAACAAACGAUCGUCUGUGUUUCGUAAUGGAGUUUGCCAUUGGCGGUGAUCUCUAUUAUCAUCUAAAUCGAGAAGUGCAGAUGAACAAAGAGGGUUUCUCAGAACCUCGAGCCCGUUUCUAUGGCUCUGAGAUCGUCCUUGCUCUCGGAUAUCUUCAUGCAAAUAGCAUUGUUUAUCGAGAUUUGAAGCUUGAAAAUUUGCUUCUUGACAAAGAUGGACAUAUUAAAAUUGCGGAUUUUGGAUUAUGUAAAGAAGAAAUCAGUUUUGGUGACAAAACAAGUACUUUCUGUGGAACUCCGGAGUAUCUUGCACCAGAGGUUCUUGAUGAUCAUGACUACGGACGUUGUGUUGAUUGGUGGGGAGUUGGAGUUGUGAUGUACGAGAUGAUGUGUGGAAGGCUUCCAUUUUAUUCGAAGGAUCAUAAUAAACUAUUCGAACUUAUCAUGGCUGGUGAUCUAAGGUUCCCAAGCAAGUUGAGUCAAGAAGCUAGAACUUUGCUCACCGGACUUCUUGUCAAAGAUCCAACUCAGCGAUUGGGUGGUGGACCCGAAGAUGCAUUGGAGAUUUGUAGAGCAGACUUUUUCCGUACUGUCGAUUGGGAAGCAACGUACAGAAAAGAAAUCGAGCCACCAUAUAAGCCAAAUGUGCAGUCAGAAACUGAUACUAGUUACUUUGAUAAUGAAUUCACAUCUCAACCAGUUCAACUGACACCGCCUAGUAGAAGCGGAGCCCUUGCUACAGUCGAUGAGCAAGAAGAAAUGCAAUCAAACUUCACACAAUUCUCAUUCCACAAUGUUAUGGGAAGUAUCAAUCGAAUUCAUGAAGCAAGUGAAGACAACGAAGAUUAUGAUAUGGGAUAAUUUGACACCACAAUGGCUUGAAUUUAAUUAAUUGCGAUUUUAGCCUGUUUUGCAGACUGUAGAAAACUGACCCCUUUGUCUGACAUUCAGAUAUCCUUUUUUAAACAAAUAUUUAGUCGUUACAGUGACUAUAUUUUGAUCUAUUCUCAGUAAAUAUCGAAUUAAAAUGAGAAAUCUCUUUGUUUUCAUCUCUUCCUGUUCUGCCUCCUUCCCUUUGUAUACUAUCCUUUUUAUUCACCUGAGACCGUAGUUCUUUCCAUUUCAAAAUUCCAUCAUCGUUUUGUAAUAUUACUCACAAGCUACGGUUGUGAAAACCAAAUAGCGCCAUCAUUCGUGGAUGUACUAUGUUCCUAUAUCAUAUCCAACAAUCCAAAUGAAAGAAUUUUAUCCUCGU